GCUCGCGGUGGUGCAGGUGUGCGUCUCAAUCGAUAUGCCCCCUUUUUAGUCUGUCAUGAAAUGACCUUUCGUUCACACCCGCAUCUGACAUCACACCGAUCACAUAUCAUAUCACCUCGGGUCUGCGAAUUACUAGUCGCCGUCUGAGUCUUGAAGCGGAUUAAGUCGCGCUGUCGUCUCUCUGCUCGGAAAUUAAUCGAAACAGCGUCCUUCAACGUUGAUUCGGGACCGCGAAUGAGACCUUAAUAAUCGACAUAUAUAUUAUGGCCUGGGACUCCAGUAAGCCAGGGCGGCGGCGACAGAGCAGUGCCGCGUCAGGAAGCUCGCGUAAUGUGUCGGGUCAUGGGCGCCAGACGUCCAAACAAGUCGCCCAAGCUAAGUCGCAUCAUGUGGCCGACCCCUUUUUGCAAGACUUUCUGAGCCCCUCGUUUGAUGCCGCCGCGUAUCUAAACGCUACAUUGCCGCCUCUACAAACGCCGGGCCCGUCCUCCUCCUCUCGUGGCCCCCAGAACGCGGUGCCCUUGGCCGAGCUCUCAACCCUGGCUCAGUCGUCCCUGUCCCAGCUCAAUGCCCACACCAACAGGCUUACCAACACCCUAACCCAACUCACCGACGACAUCCUUCGGAGCGGCGGCCGGCUAGCCUACGAGGUCGAGCUUCUGCGCGGCAAGACCCUUGGCCUGGCCGAAGCCCUUACCGAGGGUCUGCACGACGACAUUGCAAAGUUUGUACCCGGCGGCGUCCGGGACAUCGUUGCCGAGCCGAGAGCGCCUUCUGUUGCGGUUGUGGAUGGUCAUGGCCUGCCCUCCCAUCAAAGACGCCUCUCAGUGGCGGCAGCGGCAGCCACCAGCGCUCCCGCCCCUGGGGCCGACGACGUGGCAGCUGCCCCUGGAACAACCGAGCCCGCUGCUGUGGACGAGCCGCCCUACAUAUCGCAGCUGCGCACAUUAACACUGGUGCGUGCCCGGCUGGACUCGGUCAUUAAGACGUUUGGCGAUGCCAUGGAGUUUGUGUUCCCGCCGUCCGAGGUUUCGGUUAGCUCGUCGUUCCUGUCCGUCUCAGCACCCGAUGCCGGCGGCCAGAACCACAGCACCGAGGAGAAAGGCCAGCAGGUCCUUCAGACUCUGCGCGACGACAUCUCUACCCUUCUCAACCAGAACCCCGACCCAGUCAAGGGCAUCGAGGACGCCGCCCGCCGCAUCGAAGAGCUGAAGGACCUAGCAAAGGUGUGGAAGGGUACGGCCGAGGAGAAGGGGCGCACGAAAUUCAUCGAGAGCCUGGCCAGGAUGGUGGAAGAGAAGCACAGAGACCUCCUGCGCGACAUGGACCAGUCGUCUCGCCGAGAUGGCGGGAAGCCUGACUCGGAAGCAGGCUCCAAGAAGGCCAGCGGGGAGUCCGAUGCUGCCCAGUCGGAAAACAAGGGCUACGGAGCCUAUGGCCUUAUCAGCCAGCUCCAGAAACUAAGAAGUGGGCUGUGAUUGAUGGCCGCGAUGUCGUAUUUGACUCUGGUUUUUUUCUUUCAGACGGCUCGGAUACGGUCAUG